AAAGCUGUAUAUUCAUAAUUCAUGUAUACAGCCCCAAAUUUAUAGUUAGUCAUAUUUUUUGUAGCGACAGAGAAAAUUGGUAUUCCGCCUUGAUUCUUUCAUGCCCUACCACACCAACGAUAAAGAUCGAUUUCUUCGAGAAUUAUAAUUUUGUGGUUUACUGAUUUCUGAUACUUUUGGUUCAGAGAAAACAAAAUGCAGAGGGAGAGAGGGGUUCAUGAGGAGAACGAGUCGAGCACCUCGAUUGGGGAAAAGAUUUCCAGCAUUCUCGGGAGCUUGUUUGGGCCGAAAGGGCCAGUUUCAAAAGAUACCCCUCCUGAUGAUUUACCAAGAGCCAGCAAACCCACUGGACCCGUCAUUGAGGAGCUAGAGAGCAAUGAUGGUGGUGGUGGUGGUGAAAUAGAAAAAUGUGGAGAAGUCUGUCAUAACCAGCAGCAGAGUAGUGCUUGGGCCAACGGAAACCCACUUGUUGAGCACCCUCAGGAUCAAGAUUAUCAUAACGAGACCAAUAACAUGAGGAAAACUUCGUCAUUUGGGAGCAUUGAAGGAAAUAGAAGUAUGAGCUACAGAAGAGUAACAUAUGGUGGCAUAAAUGGCGCCUAUUUAACGGCUACAACAAGCCGCCUGACUGGAAGUGAUGGAAGGGUGUGGGAGGAAACCAAACAUGCAGAUACUACAACUGGCGAAGCAACACACAGAAUCUCUAGAGGAAUCCAUGAUAAGGGGCACACAGUAACAAGGAAGCUUAAAUCAGAUGGCAAGGUCGAUUCUAUGGAAACUUUGCACAAUUUAGGGAAAGAUGACUUAGUUGGUUUUGAACGGGAUUGGAAGACUAACGCCGGCAGAGACUGGAAGUAUAAUGCUCGCAAUGGAGCACCAAUCACCAGCACCUGGUUGACAAAUUGGGACUCUCCCUUCAGAGAUGGCUCUGUUGAUCCAAGGUCCGACCUUGAUGCCAUGGGGCGCCAAUCUGGAACCAGGGCGAAAAAGGUUAUCACUAUUAACAUUGAAUGAGUUUUAGUUUCUUUUUAAUGUCAUACAUGUACCAAUAGCUGGGUAUGUCCUGGUGAUGAUCCCAACCUUCAAUUCCUGUACUCGGAUUUGGUUGCCAUGUUUGUAUAAAGUAUCUACAAUCUCACCUUUGGCUUUUUUUAUUUUUCUUUUCUCCUCC